UCAAAAUAUUAUGCCCUUAUAUUAGCCUCCAUGGCCAUGAUCGUAUAUUAUUGUAGAUAAAGCAAUUGCAAUAAUGAAGCUGGACAACACCUUAUCGCCCACCAUAAAUUCAUAAAUGUUUGACUGAAGACACGAUUUUGUAACACGGUUUAUUGCCCCCUACACACAUGGCAAUUUCCCUCCACCAUGUUAUAAAUACGAAGGUCGUAAAGGGGGUAUGUACCAUAACACGACGAGCCUUAUUCUAGAACUGAAAUGAUAUUUUUGACAGCGGCAGCCAUUUUUGCAUUUUCAGGUGUUGCAUUUGGUCAGCACGAUCCUAACUGUUGGGCCGGCAGACAUGUCAUUGUUCAUUUGUUUGAAUGGAAGUGGACAGACAUUGCUGCCGAGUGCGAGAGAUACCUGGGACCAAAAGGAUUCUGCGGUGUUCAGGUUUCACCAGCCAAUGAGCACAGAGUAGUGACUGACCCGUUUAGACCAUGGUGGGAACGUUACCAACCUGUCGGCUACAAUCUAAACAGUAGAAGUGGCAACGAUGGAGAGUUCAAAGACAUGGUGUCCCGAUGUAACAAUGUCGGUGUAAGAAUAUACGUCGAUGCCGUUAUCAACCACAUGGCAGGAGCUGGAAUGAGCGGAACCGGAAGUGGGGGCUCAUAUUUUGACUCAGGCAGCGCCCUCUCCUUCCCAUCAGUUCCGUUUGGACCAAGCGAUUUUAACUGCUGUAACUGCGCUGGUUGUAGCACGAGCGGCUGUAACAUUGAGAAUUAUGGAGAUGUCAAUCAAGUCAGGAACUGUAGACUGGUUGGUCUUACUGAUCUUGCACUCGGCAACGAGUACGUCCGCGGCAAAGUUGCGGACUUUCUGAAUUAUUGUAUUGAUAUUGGAGUGGCUGGAUUCCGUGUGGACGCCUCUAAACACAUGUGGCCUGGAGAUAUGCAAAACAUCGCAGGACGCUUGAAUAAUCUCAAUGGCGCUUACUUUAACUCUGGCGCAAGACCUUUUAUCUUCCAAGAAGUUAUCGAUCUUGGCGGAGAGCCAAUCAAGGGGACCGAAUACACAGGAAUCGGUAGAGUCACAGAAUUUAACUAUGGUGGACAUUUGGGGCGAGCAUUCAGAAAACAAUUCUCACUUUCAAGUCUUUCCAAUUUUGGUGAAGGAUGGGGUAUGCUGUCUUCUGGUAACGCCGUGGUGUUUAUUGAUAACCAUGACAACCAGCGAGGUCACGGUGCAGGUGGAGCCGACAUCCUUACCUUUUACGUAGAUAAAUGGUACAAAAUGGCGAACGCAUUUAUGUUGGCCCAUGAGUACGGCUUUACACGACUUAUGUCUAGUUAUUCCUGGGACGGAGGACCGAGCUCUAACGAUUGGAUUGGACCACCUUCCGAUGGUAGUGGAAACACCAAUUACGUCCCGAUCAACGAAGACGGAACCUGUGGAGAUCGAUGGAUGUGUGAGCACAGAUGGCGUCAAAUUGGAAAUAUGGUUGCGUUCCGAAAUGCAGUCACGGGACAAGGCACGAACGAUUGGUGGGACAACGGUAACAAUCAAAUAGCAUUCGCAAGAGGGAACAAAGGAUUCAUCGCCAUUAAUAACGACGACUAUAACAUGGACGAAUGGCUGCAAACCGGACUGCCCUCUGGUGAUUACUGUGAUGUUAUUUCUGGUGAUGUCACAGAAAAUGGCUGCACCGGUACAACAGUUUCCGUCGAUGGUAACGGUUUCGCCAGUGUUUUCCUUAGCUCCCAAUCAACUGACCCCGUUCUUGCAAUACAUGAAAAUUCAAAGGUAGGAAAAGGUAGCGGUGGUGACGGUGGUGUAGUGACAGAUUCGCCUGUCAGUGUGACAACCAGGGGAGAUAUAAGUAAAUUUCGAAGAACAGUCUUCAUGCUCAAGAAAAAAACUAGUUACGGACAAGAUAUGUUUUUAAGAGGGGGACUCGAUAGUGAAGUAAAACAGAGAUGUCCUUCAAAUGGGCCAGCAAGCUCGAGCGAUUGUGCGAUUCCUAUGAGUCACAAUAGCCUCGGCACGUCAUCUCAUUACGACAAGAUAAACGCAUGGAGAGUGGGAGACAACUACCUGGACUGGCACGGCGCCGAGUCCGGCCAGGGCACAUACAAUGGCCAGACGGCCGACGGCACACCAGCAGCCUGGACCUCAAGCUCAAGUGGUAGCUCUGGCUACCAGCCACUUAAUGUUUAUGGCGAUCAUUAUUGGAUGAUUGACGUACAGAUGGACUGCUCCAAGGCAGAGGGCGGCUGGUUUGAGGUGAAGGGCUACGUAACCAAUGGAGAGGGGUGGGAGGGUGACAUAUAUCAAGAUUCGUCGUGUGGUGGAACAAUGGGAGGGAGCAAGCCAUAUACUUCGAGCAAUCAUAUGGGCCGCUGUGGCUACGUCAACGUAUUUGAAUGGAACGCCAACUGGUGUUCGGUGAACAACUUCUAAUAAAAAUGAACAUAUAUAAAGUAAACACUGAUUUACAUAGAAUAAAAAUGCAUUUAGUUAUAUUAGCUUCGAUUGCAUUUUCUCUAUCUGAUGUUUAUGAUAUUACUUGCGUUGUAUGUACACGGCGCAGCUAUAUAUAAUGUACGUGUACUUUUUUAUA